AUGCCACCCAAAAAGCAACAGCACGAUGUCGAAGAAACAAUAAAGAAGCAGCCACGAUCGAUUUUUAGGUCAUGGUCAUGGUUUCCAAAUUAUUCAAAAGUGCCCAAGGAGAAGGUGCAACAAAUAACGACGGAUCCCGAUCCUGUUCAUAGAUGGAUAAAGGGUGUUGUGAUCUGUUCAUGGAUCAUUGGUGGAGUACUCGCCUUGAACAUCAUCCUCACCGUCAUCGCUGCUGGUUUGGCAUAUUCGGGGAAUAGUGGGCAGAUUUUUCCCUUUGCUUCCCUCUAUAUGGGAAAGUGCUCGACUUCCAAGAAUUGGACCACGGGCUUACACCUCUUGAUCAACAUCCUCAGCACCGCCCUUCUAGGAGCGAGCAACUACUGCAUGCAGUGCCUUGCUGCCCCUUCGCGAGAGCAGGUGGAUAAAGCACACAGUCAAAAGACAUGGAUUCGAAUCGGCGUCCCGAAUAUCAUGGACCUUAUUCGCUACCAAACAGGCAAGCGGCGCAUUCUGGGAUCAAUCCUGCUGAUCACUUCAUUGCCUAUCCAUUUGAUUUAUAAUUCAGCUGUCUACUUCUCUAUUGGGCCAACAGAAUAUUCAGUUGUUGCAGCGCAGGAUAAGCUUAUUCAGGAACACGGCAACUCCACGGAAUUUGAGCAAUGCUUUACAGAAAACGUCGGAAUUGAAUUGCAAUCAUUUAAUGCCGCGAUCCGUGAUGGGAGUUUUAACACCCUCUCCAAGCAAGAAUGUGUUGAUACCUUUGCUCAAGACUAUGCAUCCGGGUACGGAAUGAUUGUGCUGGUGACCAAGGACUCAAUGCCUCAAAACGAGUCUGUGGCCUGGAUAGGAACUGGAAAUAGCCAAAGCUUGGACAGCGGCAAUACUCAAUUCAGCUGGCUGUGUGACGAAAAAUAUCCCUGCACCAAAAGUAUAGCUGAAGAAAACACCCAGAACUGGUCUGUUCACGCACUAAAAUGGUCACGUCCCACCAUACGUCUGUCAGUACCUAUCCCAGGCGGACUUUAUGAGAGCGGAGGAUGGUUGGAUGUUGGGCAUUAUGGCAUUCCCGAAACUGAGGACUACAACCAUCUUGAUGAUAUUCUGGAUAAAUACCCUUCCCUGGAGGAGUUGCAAGCCGAGCUAGCUAAUCCUUCCGGCUGGGUUAACAGUUCAUUCCCAGGUAGUGUGACAGUGCGCAAAGGUGAACCCGAUUGCACGUACCCGAGAACCUACGGUAAACGGACUCCGAGAUUAUAUUCAAUCGAUCACUGCAUGACCCUGCCAGCAAAGGAGACAUGUCAGCUAUUCUUCAGUCCACCGAUUUGUCUGAUUGUAAUCGGCUGCAAUAUAGUCAAGCUCAUCUGCGCGCUGUUAGCGGCGCGCGAGAACAGAAACGAUAUUUUCCUCACCACCGGAGACGCGAUUGCAUCUUUCCUUGCCAAACCGGACCCAGCUACAAAAGGAGCUUGUCUGCUGUCCGGGUCCCUGGUUAAUAAGAGAACACAGGGAUGGUGGAAAUACAAGGGCUGUGAACGCAAAUCUUUGGAUCUUCUGGAAACCAAACAAGAGAUUCCGCUUCGUUUGCCUUCAAGAAAACGAUGGUUUCAAGCUGCGAGCUUAUCACGCUGGGUGUAUACAAUUCUCCUAUUCGUGUGCAUGCUGAUCCCAUCCGUCAUUGUUCUUCGCCUGGGAAUUCUAAAUUACAACAAAGCCUCCAAAUCAAAGAGCAUCUGGCAGUCUGGCCUGGGAGAUGCAAGCGCAGCGACUACUCUAAACGGCUUGAGCAUUCCCGCUACCGCAAGUGGAAUAUUCUCCAUGAUUUUCAUGGCCAACGUACCUCAGAUACUGGUUUCACUAGCUUACUUCUUUUACAACGGCCUGUUAACUUGCAUGCUCAGCGCCGUCGAGUACGACAACUAUGCCAAAGAGCGAAAACCUCUCCGCGUAUCCUGGCCCCGCGGCUCCCAGCGCUCAACAUACUACCUCAGCCUUCCAUAUCGAUACAGUAUCCCGCUGCUGAUUGUCUCGGCUGUACUCCACUGGCUUGUAUCCCAGAGUUUUUUCUUCGUCCAAGUGAUCCUGUUCGACCGGCAUGGUGUACCCCAAACAAGCCCCCCAGAAGUCCUUGUUACUUGCGGCUAUUCGCCCGUUGCCAUCAUUUUCGCAAUAAUCGUUGGUGGCUCGCUACCCAUCGUCGCCUUAGCUCUGGGUUUGCGUCACUUCAGAUCGCACAUGCCGCUGGCUGGACAGUGUAGUGCGGCAAUCAGUGCUGCGUGUCAUCCCAUGACUACGGCAGUUGACCAUGCAGUGAACCCGAUGCAAUGGGGCGAAGUUCCAGAUAGAGUCUUGUCACAUGGCAAUUUUUCACACACAAUAACGGUGAAUUUUGACUGCGAAGGUCGAUCGAGUGCUGGAAGUGAUGAGCAACUGCCGUCUUUGGCUACAGAGCUGGAUAUACAUGAUUCUAGGGCAGUUGGUUUCUUGCAUUGCUCAUUUAGCUCGGAGGAUGUCUGUGAGCCGAGCACAACACGUCUCUAUCUCUAG